AUGGCGUCGCCGUCGCCGUCAGCUGGAGAGAAGAAGAAGAUCCUGGUGGCGAGGAAGGGGCGGCUGCGGCAGCGCUACGACGGCGAGUACCGCCUGGUGGCCGGGUGCGUGCCGUACCGCGUGGGCGCGGACGGCCAGCCGCAGCUGCUCAUGGUCUCCACGCCCAGCAGGGACGACCUCGUCUUCCCCAAGGUAACUAUUCCAACUAGCAGCCACACCUCAGAACUGCACGCGAUCAACAUCUCAGUGGGCAAGCACAACGUGUUCCUCCUCUGGCACUUGCAGGGCGGGUGGGAGGACGACGAGGACGUGCACGAGGCGGCGUGCCGCGAGGCGCUGGAGGAGGCCGGCGUCAGGGGCGCCAUCAACCGAAGUGCGCUCGGGAUGUGGGUGUUCAGGAGCAAGAGCAGCCCGGUGAGCAGCGACGACAGCCCCCGGGGCGCCUGCAAGGGCUACAUCUUCGCGCUGGAGGUGGCCGAGGAGCUGGAGCAGUGGCCGGAGCAGGACACCCACGGCAGGCAGUGGGUCUCGCCGGCGGACGCGUACCGCCUCUGCCGCUACGACUGGAUGCGCGAGGCGCUGUCGGCGCUGCUGGACCGCCUGGCGGAGCCCAAGCCCGCCGCCGCGGAGGGGCUCAGCGACCACGCCGGCGAGUACAUCAUGGUCAAGCCGGCCGCAGCCACCACGGAUCGAGCGGUGGCGCUCUGCUAG